AUGGCGGAGAAUGAAGAAUUUACCAGACACGUGAUUGACAAAAAUAAAUCCAACAAUAAAACGACGGCUGCAUUGAUCCAGUUUCGAUUUGUUAUCAGUGAGGCUUGGGUGAGCGUCUGCACCUCGAUGACACUGGUGGGUUUUGACUGUAGCCGACUCUUAUCCGUGGAACCACUGAGUUUAGCGCAGCUGCAAUUUGAAAAGUUUGUUACAUUGAUCGAGACUACCGUCGAUAUUGCGUACUGGAAAAAAAGCGGUGUAUACAGGAUCCUUCCCAACAUCGAUGAAAAUCUUCUCGCCAUCUCAGAAAGAAUACAGGGAAUUGAGAAAGAGUGCAAUGUUGUCCUCAAAAAGCUAGAAGCGUUUGCCGAAAAAGUCGAUGCCGGUAGCAACAAAAACUGCGAGGAACUAAGCAAAAAACGCAUCUUCGCACAGCCGGUUUGUGGUCUCUUACCAGAAACAGUGAAGCUCGAGAACACUGAGCAACAUGGCUUCAAUUUCCGUGUCACUUUAAAGGUAAAGUUUCUGUCCUCUUAA